AUGACAGCUGCCAGAAGCACCAACCCCACUGGGCACCCCCGUGCACGUGGCAGACCAUAUGGCAGUGAACUGGAGGCCAGACCCUCGGGAAUGACGAGGUGCCGCGAGCAGCAGCAGAUGCUGCUGGGGCAGUGCGGCGGCAGCAGGAUCGCGUGCCUGCCGUGGUGUGCCAUCUACCGCCUGCGCGCCCAGCUGCCGCCCGCUGUCGUUGUCGAUGGCGGGUCGGGGUACUGCAAGUUUGGCAUGAGCAACGACGCAGCGCCAUCAGGACGCAUCGCCACCUUUCUGGAGUUUGGAAACAUCGAGGCACCUUCCCUCGCCCGCCUUCGAGCCCUCUUCUCCUCCAUCUAUGCCAGCAUGCGAGCCAUUCCCGCCAACCACCCUGUUGUCGUCUCCGAGCCUCUCGCUUUCCUGCCAGAAACGCGCGAGGCGCAGGAGGGGAGGCGGCAUCUGAGGGAGGUGACAUGUGCCGUGCUCUUCAGUGCCCUGCGCGUGCCCUCCAUCUGCCUUGUCGACCAGGCCACCCUGGCCCUGUUGGCAGCGGGGGCAGCAUCAGGCGUGGUGGUGAACAUUGGCUUCCGCAGCACCACAAUACUUCCCAUCAUGCGAGGCCGCACCGCAUGCAGCCUGCUGCCCUUGUACUGCCUGCCGCUGGGCGCCAUGCGAGUCACGGGGCACCUCAGCCAGUUACUGCACGAUUCUGGGAUCGUGUGCCAGUCCAUGUUCACCUGGGAUCGUGUGCCAGUCCAUGCUCUCGCAAUAACUUUCAGCACCCCACUGCAUCAUGCUUGUCACCCCAACCCCCUCCCUCCCCUCCCGCAGUCGCUGUGCUUUGUGGGGCGCGACUUCCAGGCUCUUGCUUCGCUGUGCUUUGUGGCGCGGGACUUUGAGGCAGCGAGGAGGGGCGAGGAGAGGGGGGUGCGGGGCACGUGUGAGGUGCCGGGGGAGGGCGCCUUCACUCUCGCCAGGGAGCGCUUCCUCGCCCCUGAAGUGCUCUUUCAACCUCACCUCUGUGGCCUCGGCGGCAGGGGCAUACAGCAGGCAGUGGCGCAGUGCAUAGUGGAGUGUGCUGCCCGGGUGAAGGCGUUUCAGGCGCAGCAGGACUGGAAGGCCCGACACAGCCACGCGGGAGAGGCACCGGCUGCAGAUGAGGAGAAGGAGAAAGGGGGGGAGGAGGGUGAGCGAGUGCCUGGGGCGGGGCCAGGGGGUGAAGGUACCACGAGGCGGGUGGGAAGUGGGGAGGGGGAGGCAGGGGCGGGUGGGGGGGUGUGGGGGCGAGUGCCUGCGCCACUGUCAAGUGAGGAUGUGGCGGAGGCGAUCGGCACCGUGGUGGUGGCGGGGGGCACGUCUGCGCUGCCAGGGAUAGCAGAGCGGCUUCAUCUGGAGCUGCAGCGCCUGCUUCCCCCGCCCCUCGCUGACAGACUCACUGUGAAGGCAGUGGGGCCGUAUGGUGCAUGGAUGGGCGGCAGGACCGUUGCCACUACGAGCUCGUUUUUAUCAGCAUGGGCGCUAAGCAGGGAGGAGUAUAUGGAGAAAGGACCGUCUUCUGUUCAUGCCCUUGCCAUGGAUACGCACAACAUGAACAGCCAGGCUCUUCCUGUUUGGCUGCAGGGGCAUACAGCUGACAGUGGCGCGGUGCAUAUUGGAGUGUGUAAAAUGGGUGAAGGCGUUUUUGAAGGCCAGGCACAGCCACGCGGGAGGCGCAGCGGCUGCAGAGGGCGAGUGCCUGCGCCGCUGGCAAGUGAGGAUGUGGCGGAGGCGAUCAGCACCGUGGUGGUGGCGGGGGGCACGUCUGCGCUGCCAGGGAUAGCAGAGCGGCUGCAUCUGGAGCUGCAGCAGCUGCUCCCACAGCCCUUCACCGGCCGACUCUCUGUGAAGGCAGUGGGGUCGUGGGUGCCCACGAGUACGAUACCUGGUUACCAGCCUCCAUAUCACGACUCGUGCCCCAACCAACUCAAAUGUCCCCAGCUUCUGCCGGGCCAGAAGCGACCUGCCGCUUACACGUGGCUGCCCGACCCGCCCUGCUCCCAGCAGCUGUGGAGGUCCCAUGGCCCCUGCCAGUCCCACAGCAACCAGACCUACCCCAACCCUCGGUGGACGACAGUGCUUCCGCGCACCCGAGCUGCCAUCUUCACAGCCGGCCAUUGGUUCUUCCAUGAGAAGCGACCUCCACCGUUGGAUCGCAUGUGGUCCGCAUUUGCCCUCACUCGCGACCACUUGCUCUCGUCCAACUAUACCGGCCUCGCCCUGGCUCUCUCCUUCUCCCCUGUCCACACUAACAAGUCCUGUGCUGCUGCUACAGCCCCCCUCGCUGCCUCCACGCCUGCUGCUGCUCUAGCGAAUGUGACCGCAAAGAGCACCAUUCCCGCUCUUAGGGCGCAGAGGAGGGUGCUGCGGGGGUCGAGGCUGCGGCUGGUGGAUGUGACUCAAAUGAGUCGGUUCCGGCCGGAUGCACAUAUACGGGGGAACACCGGGAUCACAGCAACCCUUGUAAGGCUUUGCUCAAAACCCAAGGCGCACGAAUCCCCUCCUUCCCUCACACCCGUUCCACAGCAUGAGAAGCUCGACUGCAGCCAUUGGUGCCUACCUGGUGUGCCUGACACAUGGAGUAACCUUGUCAUCUCGCACCUUCUGGGGCAGCUGGAGUGA